AUGCGGCAGGCCCCGCCGCGCCAGCCUCUCACCCGCGGACAGAGCGAGCGAGAGAGAGAGAGAGAGCGGACGGAGCCCCGCGGAGAGCUCGAGGUGAGAAACCCAAUCCCGCCGCCGCCGCGCCGGCGUCGGCGUCCGGCCAGCCCGCCCACCUCCACGUCGGCCAUGGCAUCACCGCCGUCUCCCCCCACCCCCACCCACCCCCUAUCCCCUUCUCCUUCCCCGGAGGCCAGCCCGCGUGGCCGCAGCGACCGGUGGCGCAGGGGGCGCGGCUCCGAUUCGGAGGAUACCCCAAGGUCCUACCGGGAUGCGCUCGCCGGCGAGCGUGCAGCGGCGCGCGCGGAGGUGCCGGAGUCGUCCAGGGCGAGGGAGAUGCGGUCCAUGGUCUGCCGCGAAGAGGAAAGCUUGGCCUUUGACGAGCUGGACGACGCCGAUGAUCCGCUCGAGGAGGAAGAUGACGAUGCGCCAUGGGAGGAGCCCUCCCAUGUCACCCGCAAGCGCGCCAGGGGUCGCCGCGGCGGGAGGAAGGUGGCAGCGAGGGCGGCGCAUACUGGGCGUGUCGCCGUCGCCUAUGAUGAUUUCCAAGGGCUGUGCUUGCUCUGCACGCGUCCAGGCCACCGCGCCGCCGCCUGGUAA